CUUACCUUAUCUGGCUCCCGCGCUCUCUUCCCUAAAUUCAGCUCGGAGAAAAGAUGGAUCAUGUGAGUGGGACUGAGAGAUUUAUGGAGCUGAGCUCCCGCGGCUGUAAAUCACCCUGCCCUCCCCAGUAUAAAGCGCCCGUACAGCCCGGUGUGGGGCAGAGGAGACGCUCGCCGCCCCCUGACCCCCGGCUCAGCGCGGGCUCCCGGACCAGCCAGUGACCCUCCCACCUCCCCCGGUCGCCCCCAUGUCGGAGGACUCGGCCCCGGGCCCCGAGGAGAGCCCGCCAGCGCCGCGGGCAGGCUCCCGCGAGGUGUGGAAGAAGGGCGGCCGCCUGCUGUCCGUGCUGCUGGCCGUGAACGUGCUGCUGCUCGCCUGCACGCUCGUCAGUGGCGGCGCCUUCAACAAGGUAGCGGUGUAUGACACCGACGUGUUCGCGCUGCUCACCACCAUGAUGCUGCUCGCCUCCCUCUGGAUCCUCUUCUACCUCUUCCGGACCGUGCGCUGCCCCGACGCCGUCCCCUACCGGGACGCGCACGCCGGCCCCAUCUGGCUCCGAGGUGGGCUGGUGCUGUUUGGGAUCUGCACUCUUGUCAUGGAUGUCUUCAAGACUGGCUACUACUCCAGUUUCUUUGAGUGCCAAUCGGCCAUCAAGAUUCUGCAUCCUCUCACCCAAGCUGUGUUUGUCAUCGUCCAGACUUACUUUCUCUGGGUCUCCGCUAAAGACUGUAUUCACGUCCAUCUGGAUCUGACCCGGUGUGGUCUCAUGUUCACCCUCACCACCAACCUGGCCAUCUGGAUGGCAGCCGUGGUGGACGAGUCCGUGCACCAGACCCACUCCUAUGAUAGUUCCCACAGCAACACCAGCCACCUUCGCCUCGCUCCUGACCCGGAGCGAGCGGGCAGCUCGGUUGGAGGAGACUGUUCCUGCAACACGGCCAUCUGCCAGAUUUUCCAGCAGGGCUACUUCUACCUGUAUCCCUUCAACAUCGAGUACAGCCUUUUUGCCUCCACCAUGCUCUAUGUCAUGUGGAAGAAUGUGGGCAGACUGCUGGCCUCCUCCACCCACGGCCACGGCCACACCCCAUCCCAGAUCAGCCUCUUCCGGGAGACCUUUUUUGCUGGCCCGAUCCUGGGCCUGAUGCUCUUCGUGGUGGGGCUGGCUGUCUUCAUCAUCUACGAGGUCCAAGUGAGUGGGGAGGGGAGCCGCCCCGAGCAGGCCCUGGUCAUCUACUACAGCUUCAACAUCAUCUGUCUGGGGCUCAUGACCUUGGUCAGCCUGAGUGGCUCAGUCAUCUACCGUUUUGAUCGCCGGGCCAUGGAUCACCAUAAGAACCCCACUCGAACCCUGGAUGUGGCGCUGCUGAUGGGUGCCGCCCUGGGCCAGUACGCUAUCUCCUACUACUCUAUUGUGGCUGUGGUUGUGGGCACACCCAGGGACCUACUGGGGGGGCUCAACCUAGCCCAUGCUCUGCUCAUGAUUGCCCAGCACACCUUCCAGAAUGUGUUCAUCAUCGAGAGCCUCCAUCGGGGACCACCCGGGGCUGAAUCUCAUGAUACCACCCCCAAGGAGUCCUGCCAUGGCCUUACCUUUGCCAACGCGGAUGCCCUCCACACCUUGCCGGCCUGCCCACCCACUCCCAGGCUGGUUGGCACCAGCCAUGGCCUUACCUUUGCCAACAUUGAUGCCCUCCACACCUUGCCUGCCUGCCCACCCACGCCCAGACUGGUUGGCACCAACCCAGGGGGACCUCAGGAAGCAGUGGCCAUCAUCUUGGCCCCCAGGAGCCACUGGAGACGCCGGUGCCUGAAGGACAUGUCUCUGUUUCUUCUGCUCUGCAAUGUCAUCCUGUGGAUCAUGCCUGCCUUUGGAGCCCGCCCUCACUUCAGCAACACUGUGGAGGUGGACUUCUAUGGCUACUCACUCUGGGCAGCCAUCGUCAACAUCUGCCUGCCCUUCGGCAUCUUCUACCGUAUGCACGCUGUCUCCAGCCUGCUGGAGGUCUAUGUCUUGUCCUGAAGGCCCUCACAGAGACAUAUAGGGGUGGGGCUCGGUUCAUGUGCCCACUCAGAGACCCCCCCAGGAAAGAACCCCAGGCUGGCAGUCACUGUGCCACAUUAGCACCCAUUCCCCACGGGCCCCAGGGUAGAAUUUUCACAAAAGUUAUUUUUCCAGGAUGAGUUUUUAAAUCACAAUCAGGACAUACCCACCCACCCCAGUAUAAUCCUGGAACUUGGAGUGACCAGGGAGGGGAGACCUCUCCCUAUAAUAUCCAGGACCAGGCAAGAUCCGGAAGUGUCCGCAGCUCUGGUGCCACCCCUGACCCCAGCCCUGUGGCCUGGAGCUGGAACUGCCUUUGGUUUGCCCCUCCAUCCCCCACUUCUUGUCUCAGCCACCCCAUCUGAGACGAUCUAGGAGAGACUCUUGGAAGUCAGAGCUGGAAGGAACCCUGGAGAUUUUCAGGUCUCCAGCUUUUCAGUGAGUGAGCCAAAUCUGAGUUACAGACUGGUUAUAGACCUGUCAGCACCUGGGUGUCUGGGAGGGGCUGGACAGAGUACACGGGCUGCCAUCUUCCUCUUCCCCUUAUCCUCAAAUGACAAAUACAUUUGUUUAUGUGUUCCACAAAGCGUGAAAGGUUAAGAUAGAUGGACCUAGUCCAGCUACCAUUUUACAAAGGAAACUGAGGCCCAGAGAGGUAAAGUGACUUGCCCAAGGUCACAGAGCUAAAGAGAGCCAGAGCCUUUCUACUAAGGAUUAUAAUUUUCCAACAGCAGAACUUCUUCUUCCUUAAAUAAAAUAUUUCAAGAACCCAAGUUUAUAACAUAAA